AUGUCUCGAGCUUUGCUCAUCACUGGUGCCACCGGAAAGCAGGGUGGCUCCGUCAUUAGAGCCCUACUUGCUGCCAAUGCCGAUUUCGAUAUUCUAGCCGUUACGAGAGACUCAUCAUCACCUUCUGCCAGGAAACUAGUCGAAAAGUCACCUCGAAUCAGCCUGGUUCAGGGUAAUCUGAAUGAUGCCGAAGGCAUUUUCGACACUGCCAAGGCAGCAUCCAAGGUGCCUAUAUGGGGCGUCUUCAGCGUUCAGACACCUGCGAUGAACAAGACCGGUCCAAUUAUCGAGGAGCGGCAGGGAAAGGCGCUUGUUGAUGCUGCCAUAAAUCAUGGUGUUCAGCAUUUUGUCUACUCCUCCGUUGACCGUAGUGGCGCGAAAUCCUUUGAAAAUGCCACUAAUAUUCCGCACUUCAAGAGCAAGCACAACAUUGAGCACCACCUCGUUCAGAAGUCAAAGGAGGCUGCCCUCGGAUGGACUAUUCUCCGCCCAGUAGCUUUUAUGGAGAACUUCGAUGGCGGGUUCCUCGGAAAGGUGUUUGCGACGUCAUGGAGGCUGGUCGUCAAGUCGCGCCCCCUCCAGCUCAUUGCCACUGCUGACAUUGGGGCCUUCGCCGCAAAGGCUUUCAUGUCACCGCGCGAAUUCAACGGGAAGGCAAUUUCUCUCGCCGGAGAUGAGUUAACCUACGAGCAGAUGGCGACGCUGUACUCGAAAAAGAUACAGUCAGGUGUGCCGGCUACUUGGGCUCUGUUAGCAAGACUGGUGCUCUGGCUGUCGGAGGAGAUGAGUACCAUGUUUACAUUUUUCGAGAAGGAGGGAUAUGGAGCGAACAUCAAGGAACUCAGGGAGGAGCACCCAGAGCUAAUGACUCUUGAAACGUGGCUGGAUAAGUCCUCGUUUCCUAAGAAGGAUGCUUAG